AUGCCUUUUGCGCUGGAUAAAGUGCUUGACCAUAGAAGGGACCUGAUGACUGGCGCAGGAAGUGCAGAACGUGACAAGAAACUUGCUGACGCCGAGGCCCAAGUAUCAGAGCUGCAAAAGAAAGUAGAAGAGCUGGAGUUGAUGCACAAAGAGAAAGAAGAAGAAGUCAACCCUCUCAGAAAAUCCAACGACAGCUCAAGCAGCUGGAAGGCAGAAAAGGCAGAAUAUGAAGAAUUGAAGCGUGAACUAGAAGAGCAGCUGUCUAAUACGCAUAAUCUGAACAAUGCAGUCCUCUCUCAACUCGAGGAGGCCCGGGAUCGGCAGAAGGACGCAGAGAUGGAACUAGAGAAGCUUCGCCAGGAGCAGCAAUCUGUUGAUGACAUCGCUAGCGGUAGCAGAUCCCAUGGCGGUGAUGAUGACUGGAAAAGCCGGUUUGAAGAUCUCGACCGAGAGCACGAAUCCCUCAAAGCGAAGCUCAAGCAACAACAAGAGGUCACUGAGCAAGUACGGCAACAAGCAGCAGCCUUCUUACAAGAAAUGCGAGCGCUGUCUGACGGUCACAGCUCAAACUGGGACCGUGAAGAACGUCUUAUACGGGACGUACAUCGGCUGGAGGCAGAGGUCAAGCACUGGAAGAAUCGCUAUGCAAAAUCAAAAACGCAGUUGCGACAUUUACGAUCUUCUUCUAUCGGGCUACCUGAUAACAUUCACGACGCGAACACCAUAGCAAAAGAUAACGCGCUGACCCAGCCUGACGGACUGGUUAAAGACGUACAUAUCACUAAGUUCCAAAUGGCCAUCGACGAGCUGUUGCGCAUUGCGCGUUCAGACGAGCCGUCCCUCGUGUUGGGUCAGAUGAAAGGGGUUGUACUUGCUGUUCGGUAUAUAACACAAGAUAUCGACAGUGCUGUUAAUGUUAACACAGCUACCGAUGACGAGCUGACAAAAAUCCGUGCUCGAGCCAAAGCACAGGUGUCAGCCACAGCGAACAAUCUGAUUACGGCUUCGAAAAACUUCGGAAACUCCAAUGGCCUGUCUCCUGUCUCUCUGCUAGAUGCAGCUGCAUCCCACCUGACUGCUGCUAUUGUCGAGCUGGUUCGAAAGGUGAAGAUCAGACCCACACCAGAGGACGAGCUUGCUGAUGAAGGAGAGGAAGACCAACUUCCUCCCAUGCAGUCGCCGGAAUAUUUCAGUGUGGCUCCCAGCCUGACGAGGUUCAGCGGUAAUGAAUCCAUCUACAGCGCCAUCAGCUCUCCGCCAUCUCUAAGGUCAAGAACAAACUCCCAUUCAAUGUCACGAAAUAGACUUUCGGGCGCUAAACAUGGCUAUCCGGGACUAUCUCCUGACAAAGACCUAGAAGAGCUUAGGGUAAGUUACACCAAUCUAUACUCCAUAUAACACUAGAAGUCACCCUUGAUCAUGCCUAACACAGUUUUGUAUAGCUCCACCUUGAAGAUCAGACCAGCUCUCUGGUUCACUCCAUACAAUCCCUCGUGGCUAGUAUCCGCGGGGAGGACUCCGUCUCCGCCAUCCAAUUGCACAUCAACACUAUUGCAGACGCAGUCGAGAAGGUCGUCACGUCUACAGAAACAGCCAUGGCUAAACCUAACGCCAACCCUGCUUUACGUGACAGAGCAGUCCCUGUCGUUGAGAUCCUGGCACGACUUCGCGAUAGUUUGCUCGACAUACGCACUGAAGUUAGCAAGCUCACUGACGGAACCGAGAUUCGUGAACUGAACAGCAGACUUCCACCCAUCGCCUUCCAAAUUGCCCGGGAGACGAAGGAGCUAGUCCAGCGCAUCGAUCAGAUCGAGUACGCUAGCCAGAACAGCGAGGAAGAUGACUUCCGUUAACCGAUUUAUACACUCAAUGCCUACUUCCAACCUACCCAUUCACUCUCAUCUUGCUCUUCUAUCAUUCCUAUUGAUAUGAUUCUCAUCUCACCACCUUACAGACUUACUUCUUUAUUUAUUUUGCUUCUUACUUGUCCAGCGGAAUGACCUGCUUUUUCAUUGGCGACUGAUUUCUUUUCUCUCUUGCAAACUUCUUCUGGGAUCCAGCUCUACGUUUAUGUUCGAUUCUCUCUUUCGGAGCCACUAGUUGCAAUCGCUCUUAUAUUCCCUUUUUAUUAUUAUUAUUAUUAUUAUUUUAUCCCCAGCGGGAGACUUACGGGCAACGGUGACGAGAUCGGAUGGAUGUACUUUUAUUCUCUCUCAAUAGAUAGGUAUUUCGUAUAUCCGACUAUUAUUUUAAUGUCAGUUACGGGCAAUCAUGCUACCUACCUCUUAUCUGUUCUCCCUGCAUCGCUUUCAUGUCUACUAAGGCCGUCCUUCGUAGGUAUGAGCUAUCGAAACAUGCAGAAGAGUUUUUUUCUCUCGUUGGCCUCGUUUCCUCUUUGGGCCUG